AUGACCUUCAAGUUUUCAACCAUCGAUCUCACCAAAGAUCCUCCCGAUUUCGAUCCGCAAUCAACGCCUGCUUCUCGGUCAUCGACGAUUUGUCUGCCACUUAAUCCUGCUGGCUGCAGUUUCAUCAAAGCUACAACAUCCUGCCAGGUCGCUGCCGGUGCGUCUCUGCGCUUGGCCAAUUCAGCUUCGAAGUUCGGUUGCUGGAGGCCAAGCGAACCGAUCCAAUGUCCCGAGGAAGGACGCCUUAAAAGAUUCACUGUCCGCGAGCUGAAGGGCGCUACCAACAACUUCAGUGAGACAAAGAAGGUGGGCAAGGGUGGGUUCAGUUGUGUGUACGAAGGACUCUUGGGGGAUGGAUCCAGAGUGGCGAUAAAAAGACUCACUAGACAUCCCGCUCUGGUAUUGAUACUCCGUGCUGAAGUAAAAUUGGGGAAUAUGAUUUGGCAUCGGAAUCUGCUUCCCGUUCAUGGCUUUUGUUUGUCAUCGAAACAUGGAGAAUACACGCUCGUGUACACUUUCAUGGUGAACGGAAGCCUAGACUCCCUCCUUUUAAGAGGACAGUCAACAGAGAAGCCCCCACUUGAUUGGCCCACCAGGAAGAAGAUAGCAAUUGGAGCUGCGAGAGGGAUUUCCCAUUUGCAUGAUCUGAGGAUAAUUCACAGGGACAUUAAACCCGCUAAUAUACUGUUAAAUGAGGACUUUGAGGCUCAUAUUGGAGAUUUUGGGUUGGCCUUGUUCAUGGACGAGUACAAAGAGAAGGCUGUUUGCGAAGGAGAACCCAAUGGUGAAGACGCUUAUUUCAGGUCCAGCACAAUGGGGACAAUUGGUUACAUGGAUCUAGCGAGCUUUACUGGAACAUACUCAGUAAAGAGCGAUGUUUAUGGGUUUGGCAUGACGCUUCUUGAACUCAUAAGUGGUCGAAGAGUUUGGGAAACAACCUGCCUCGAUGGAAAUGAACUGGGGUUGUGUGCAUGGGCACAUGCCCUUUCAGAAAACGAACAGUGGGAAAGGCUAGUCGAUACCAAUAUGCCGAGCGGCUAUAACGAGAGUGAAGUCGAGAAAACUGUGCGCCUGGCUCUACUUUGCACGCAACUCGACCCCAAAAAACGACCUUAUAUGGCUGAAGCAGUCCUAUUUCUUGAAGGAAUUAUUGGCUUGGAGAAAAGAUGGGAGGAGUAUCAACUUGAAGACGAAUUACCUGGCCUAGAUAAUCUCUCAAUUUCGAGCUACUCUUCUUCUUGUCCAAGUAAAGACGAAUCAUCUGGUCCUAGAUGA